CAAGUGAACUGUCUCCAGUGUAAAAGAGACCAAGAUGACUAGCUCAGCCCGGGAGCAUCUCCUUUUUGUGAGACGGCGCAAUCCUCAGCUACGCUACACUUUGAGCCCAGAGAACCUCCAGAGCCUGGCAUCUCAGGGCACCGUCCCUGAGAACAUGAACUUGCAGCGUGCCAAUAGUGACACUGAUCUAGUCACCUCCGACAGCCGCUCUAGUUUGACUGCAAGCAUGUAUGAAUACACUCUUGGGCAAUCUCAGAACCUCAUCAUUUUCUGGGAUAUUAAAGAAGAAGUGGAUCCCACAGACUGGAUAGGCCUUUAUCACAUUGAUGAGAACUCACCAGCAAACUUCUGGGAUUCCAAAAACCGGGGUGUAACUGGAACACAGAAAGGACAAAUUGUAUGGCGGAUUGAACCUGGCCCUUAUUUCAUGGAACCUGAAAUAAAGAUCUGUUUUAAAUAUUACCAUGGUGUAAGUGGAGCAUUGAGAGCAACCACUCCAUGUAUUACUGUGAAAAACCCUGCUGCAAUGAAAUAUUCUUUUGUAGCACUUCUAACUGAUGUUUUGGAAAUUGAAAUCAAAGAUAAAUUUGCCAAGAGUCGGCCAAUCAUCAAGCGCUUUCUUGGGAAGCUCACCAUACCAGUUCAAAGACUGUUGGAAAGGCAUGCAAUAGGAGACCAAAUUCUCAGCUAUAACCUUGGCAGGCGGCUUCCAGCUGACCAUGUAAGUGGCUGUCUUCAAUUCAAGGUAGAGAUUACAUCCGCUGUCCAGGAAGAUGCUUCACCAGAAACAGUGGGAACUCUGCUUGGAGUAAACUCUAUAAAUGGAGACUUGGGGAGCCCUUCUGAUGAUGAGGAUGUACCUGCAGGGCAUCAUGAUUCACCUCCAGCUUGUUCAAAUGGCCCAGUCCAUGAAGAAUCAGCCGGAGACACCAUCACAAGGCAUUCCCUAAGGACUAGUACAACUCUAGAAACAGAUCAGGAGGAUUUGACCUCUACAGCUUCAAGGUCAUCAGCACCCAGAGGACGCCAGGACUCGCUGAACGACUACCUGGAUGCAAUAGAACAAAGCAAUCCCUAUAGGUCUGGGACCUCAGCUUGCACUGAGCAUGCUGUUGGGGCAUCUCCCAAAUUAAGAAGUAGUUUCCCUACUGACACUAGACUCAAUGCAAUGCUUCACAUUGACUCUGAUGAAGAGGAACAUGAAUACCAUCAAGCUUUGGGGUUCCAGUCUUCCCUGGAGGAUGAUGGGGGUGGUUUGGUCAUGCUGAAUGGUACUACCAGGAGUGCUGAACUGAAUCUCUUGAAUAGUUCCCCGAAUCGAACAACACAGAGCCAGGUUCCUGAAGAAAACGGGCAAGCACCCACUACAGAAACCUCCUUGCAACUUUCUGAUAAUCAGCAGGAGACCCUGGAAGGGCCUCCAGAAUCAGAGUUGGGGGAAGAGGAAGAAACUCCUCCUGUUUCUCAGGAUAAUGGGCCAGUAAAUCUGGCUGCCAAUGACAUUUCUCAGCCUCAAGAGGCUGAGACUCCAGCAGCUGAUGUGGAAGCUGGCACUUCAGAGCCUUCUUCUGGAGGCAGAACAGAAAUGACAGAAGCUGAGUCUAUCGACCAGGGGUCGGAACCUUCUCAGCUUUGGUCCGAAACGGAGCAGAGCGAUCCUGCCCGUACUGAGAGCGUCAGUGAAUCCAGCACUAGGCCGGAAGGAGAAAGUGACGUGGAGGGGGCCGAUGGUCCUUGCCAAGAAGGUGCCACUCCCCGACCCCCAUCUGUUGAUACUCGAUGCUCCUCCUUUGAAAGCACCCGGUUUCCAGAGACCCCAGCCUUUUCCUCCCAGGAGGAGGAAGAGGGUGCUUGUGCCGUGGAGCCUGCCAGCAGCGAGCCUCCCCAGGAAACUCAGGACGUGGUGUGCACGCAGGCCUCGUUGCCCGCAGUGAACAUACCAACUGCUCAAGAGGAGGGGCAGUUGCCUGAGGCAGGUGGGUUACAGGACGGUGAUGAGGCUGAAGAAAUCUGGCAGAGGAGGCAGAGUCUGCAGGCGGCGGCUGCUCGUGGCCAGUCUCAAGAGGAGGAGGCCGGAGGAGCCGAGGCAGCUUGCGAGGGAGCUGCUGCUUCGCAGGUGGAUGGAGCCAGCGGAGGUUCCCAAGCCAAUGGUCAUCAGCCGCUGAGAACGCUUCCCUCCGUUCGCCAAGAUGUUAGUCGUUAUCAGAGAGUGGACGAGGCCCUGCCACCAAAUUGGGAAGCACGUAUUGACAGUCAUGGGAGAAUAUUCUAUGUGGACCACGUAAACAGAACCACAACUUGGCAGAGGCCCACAGGUCCCCCAGCCCAGCAAAUCCUUCAGCGUUCCAACUCCAUACAGCAAAUGGAGCAGCUGAAUCGCCGGUAUCAGAGUAUUCGCCGGACAAUGACUAAUGAUCGACCAGAGGAGCACCCAAAUGCCAUGGAUGCGGCUGGAGAGGAUACUGACUUCCAUCAUCCUAAUGCAGAUUUCCGUAGGGAGAACGUGCUGCCUCAUUCUACCUCCAGAUCCAGGCUCACUCUACUGCUACAGUCUCCCCCUGUAAAAUUCCUUAUCAGUCCAGAGUUCUUCACAGUGCUGCAUUCUAACCCUAGUGCCUAUCACAUGUUUACAAACAACACGUGUCUGAAGCACAUGAUCACCAAAGUCCGACGGGAUACCCAUCAUUUUGAGCGCUAUCAGCACAAUCGAGAUUUGGUGGGCUUCUUGAAUAUGUUUGCCAACAAACAGCUGGAGUUGCCGAGGGGAUGGGAAAUGAAACAUGACCAUCAGGGCAAGGCUUUUUUUGUUGACCACAAUUCUCGCACCACCACAUUCAUCGACCCACGGCUUCCUUUGCAGAGCACCAGGCCAACCAGCGCCUUGGUCCACCGGCAGCAUUUGACAAGACAGCGUAGCCACAGCGCUGGUGAGGUAGGAGAAGAUUCUCGCCAUUCAGGACCUCCUGUUUUGCCAAGGCCUUCAAGUACAUUCAACACAGUCAGCAGAGCUCAGUACCAGGAUAUGGUUCCUGUGGCAUACAAUGACAAGAUUGUUGCAUUUCUGCGGCAGCCCAAUAUCUUUGAAAUUCUACAGGAGCGACAGCCAGAUCUGACUAGGAAUCAUUCACUCAGGGAGAAGAUCCAGUUUAUUCGGACUGAAGGAACUCCAGGGCUGGUGCGUUUAUCCAGUGAUGCAGACCUUGUCAUGUUGCUAAGUUUAUUUGAAGAGGAGAUAAUGUCAUAUGUACCACCGCAUGCCUUACUUCAUCCCAGUUAUUGCCAGUCGCCACGAGGCUCCCCAGUGUCUUCCCCACAAAACUCUCCAGGUACUCAACGUGCUAAUGCUCGAGCUCCAGCUCCAUAUAAGAGAGAUUUUGAAGCCAAGCUGAGAAAUUUCUACAGGAAGCUAGAGACGAAAGGCUACGGACAAGGCCCAGGGAAACUGAAAUUGAUAAUCCGGAGAGAUCAUUUGCUGGAAGAUGCCUUCAACCAAAUCAUGGGUUACUCAAGAAAAGACCUGCAAAGAAAUAAACUAUAUGUCACCUUUGUGGGAGAGGAAGGCCUGGACUACAGUGGACCUUCGAGGGAGUUCUUUUUCCUGGUUUCAAGAGAGCUCUUCAAUCCAUAUUAUGGGUUAUUUGAAUAUUCAGCCAACGAUACGUAUACUGUACAAAUAAGUCCCAUGUCUGCUUUUGUGGAUAAUCACCAUGAAUGGUUCAGAUUUAGUGGUCGAAUCCUUGGUCUUGCUCUCAUACAUCAGUAUUUAUUAGAUGCAUUCUUUACACGACCAUUUUAUAAAGCCCUCCUCAGAAUAUUGUGUGAUCUGAGUGACCUGGAAUACCUUGAUGAGGAGUUCCACCAGAGUUUGCAGUGGAUGAAAGACAACGAUAUACAUGACAUCCUAGAUCUCACAUUCACUGUCAAUGAAGAAGUCUUUGGACAGAUCACUGAACGAGAACUAAAGCCUGGGGGUGCCAACAUCCCUGUCACAGAAAAGAACAAGAAGGAAUAUAUAGAGAGGAUGGUGAAAUGGCGGAUUGAGAGGGGCGUUGUGCAGCAGACAGAGAGUCUCGUACGGGGUUUCUAUGAGGUUGUAGAUGCUAGGUUGGUAUCUGUAUUUGAUGCAAGAGAACUGGAACUGGUUAUUGCUGGCACGGCAGAAAUUGACUUAAGUGACUGGAGAAACAACACUGAAUACAGAGGAGGGUAUCAUGACAACCAUAUUGUGAUUCGAUGGUUUUGGGCUGCAGUUGAAAGAUUCAACAAUGAACAGCGGCUGAGGCUACUACAGUUUGUUACAGGCACAUCUAGUAUACCAUAUGAAGGUUUUGCUUCCCUGAGAGGGAGCAAUGGACCAAGAAGAUUCUGUGUGGAAAAGUGGGGGAAAAUCACUGCUCUGCCAAGAGCUCACACUUGUUUCAAUCGUCUAGACCUUCCUCCUUACCCAUCAUUUUCGAUGCUCUAUGAGAAGCUGCUGACAGCUGUUGAAGAGACAAGCACAUUUGGACUUGAGUAAAAAACACAAACCAUAGUGCCCAGAAUUUUGGACCCUUCUAUGGUUGGUUCCUCAAACACACACACACACAAACAUUUCUAUUGUGUUACCAAGAGGAAAAUGACUUUCCAAUGCAAUUUGAGUGCUGGGACUUUGUGACUGAGCAAAGCUAGAUUGUGUAUCCCGUACAAGUUCUGAACUAGCCACACAAAUACUCCAUAGCAAGGGGAGUGGUCUGUAGGGAGCAACCAACGAUCCACUGUUGAAUCCUUUUUUCACCAAAAUUCAACAUUUGGUAUGAUUUAAAAGUGAUGUCAUGACAAGCAGUAAGCAACAUCAGGGCAACUGAAAAACCUUACACAUCUCAAAAACCAGAUGUCACCAAAAUAUUUGAAUUAAAUUCAAAGUAGAAUAUGAAACUUACUUCUUGCUGGUGAUUGCAGGAGUUCAGAUAAAAACACUGUUAAAACAAAAAACUGCUAGAAUUUUCCCCCCACACGGUACUCUACUAUAUGUCAUAUACAGUACAAUACUAGAAUAUACUAUACAUGCUAUACCUAAGAAUACGAGUGCCUGCAUGACAUCAAUUGUGUUUCAAAGGUAACAGUAAACAUGAUCCGUUUUUCUUGGGCUUAACAAAAUUGGGAAGGAAAAUGAGCAGCAAGACAUGACCUGACAAAGUAACUUGCAAUUUAGGUGGCUUGUACAAAUGUAUAUGCAAAUAGUGUCUUUGGCAAAAGAUAAGCUAAUAUAAGAGAAUGACUGAUUUUAUGCUUUAUACUGCAUGAAGAGAGUGUUUUUAAAAAACGACAAUUAGACUUUAUCACAGCAUAUCAGGAAAAAAACCAACCUCUUACACAGUGACUUCUGUUUAUUUUUAUAGGUUCAUGAUACUUAGUUCCUUAGAGUGUAAAUAAGAAAGUAGCUAACAAAAGAUUCUCUUUCUGUUCUUUUCACUUUUCCAUGCUUAAUUAGAUAUUGUGUUUGAUUCUUUAAGCACUCUCAAGGGAAAUAUAUAUUAUAUAUAUAUAUAUAUGCCUUUUAUUUUUAUAAAGGUAAGAUAUUCCUGAAACUAUUUUUUGCACUGAAUGUACCAAAGUCAAAGGGACAUUAUGAUCUGACUGACCGCAUCACUCAUACAACUCUAUAGGAAGUAGAUGCUUUAAAGAACAAAACUUUCUUCACAGUGCCAUGUCUCUAGAUAAUAACAGGACUGUGCACAUUUAAGUAAUAAUUUUAUAAAGCUCAUGGUAUGUCAUAAUGUGUAUUUCAAACGCAUUUGAUUUGGGGGUUUUCUUUUCCUUCAAUAACUGACUGUAUGGAAUGAGCUGAAUACAGAUAUUUCAUAUUUUCCCUGAAACGUAUUUUUUUUGUAUAGCACUAUUAAAAAGCACUACAGUGGAUCUGGAAAAACAAGAUGGCCACCACCUAAAGGGAUGAACCUUCACCUUUGGAAAGACUUCGUUCUCAUGUUUUGCAGUGAACCAUCUCCAAGAUGUAAACUGUUUGUAGUGUCUUUCUAAGCCUGCGUUUUCACUAAAUAGUUUUCUUAUCAAUGUUUAUUAAAGAUGAAGUACUUUUCUAUGGUA